AUCAAUAAGAGUGAUAGAAGCACAAAAUGGAUUUUAUACAUUGCAAUAAAUGCAAUAGACGACAUAAUAUAUAUAAAUCAUUAAAAUUUUUUCUUUCACAAUGCGGACAUGUAAUAUGCGAGAAUUGUGUCAAGAGCUCGGAGAAUAAAUGUGUAGUUUGUGCGCGGAAAUGCAGUCCCUUGCCCAUUGACAACAAUAUGCCACCUUCGAUGGUGGCUUACUUCGAAAAGCCUGAAAAGGUUUAUGAACGUUUUCAAAAAGUUGUCAAAUUUCAAUUGACGCAAAAAGCGCGCUUAGGAUUACAUCUAUUUAAUGAAUUACCACAACAAUUGCGGAAAGUCCAUAAGGAAGUAAAUGCUAUGUUAAAACUUAAAGCGAAACUCACAUCUGAGUUGGAUGAGGAGAAAAAACGUUUUGAAAAACAAAAACGAUACUUGGCUUAUAUGCAAAACUCAAUGGAAAUGGUAGAUACGAAACGAAAUCAUAAAACAGAUUUGUCUGACGCAAUGUCUAAUUUAAAAAAGCGACUAACAACACCAACAUUAAGUGCGUCCGUAUCGGAAAGUUUUAAAAGCGCUGGAAGAAAUGUCACUAUUACUUCAAUGCCAAAAUGCGGUGUAGACUUUAAUUUGUAA